UAGAAAAAACGAAAGAGGUAACAAGUUUGUUAUUAAUUAAAUAACUCAACAAUGUUGAAUGAUAUUAAACAGAAAUAAAAAGAAAUUUAGUAUCAAGUUAAAAUUAAAAAAAAAAAGAUAAUUAAUCCAUUAUAUUAUUUAUUUUACCUGUUUAUUGUAGGUAAAAGUAUUUGUGACACUGGUGUUUCAUGACAAACUGGAAAUCAACAGCCUAUCGGCUUUAUUCUGCGUUAAUAUAAAUAGGCUUCCACUUACUGGUCCGGCCUCAUAUAAUUCUAACAGCCAUUGCCACAUUGCUUCUCGUUUUCCUUCAGCUUUGUGUUGGUAAAACAAUGGCUGGACUUGGAAUUGUGGUGAUUUUAGAUUUCUAUAAAACAAUUAUCGAUGUUGAUAGCGAUUACUGGGUUGUUAAGGAAUUGGGUCUUACAGACUUUUUCUAUCAGCUGCUCCCCACCAUGCCCUUGAACUCUGCCAUGGCUGAGAUGAUGAAGGAGCUCUAUUCACGAGGUAAAACCAUCAAACAGAUUGUUCAGGUACUUGAACGUGUUCCUAUUCAUCCUCGGAUUGUACAUGCUCUUAAAUCAGCCCGUGCAUUAGGUUGUGAGUUAAGGAUCGUAAGUGAUGCCAAUACCUUUUUCAUUGAUACAAUCUUGGAACAUGUUGGUCUAAGGGAUUGCUUUUCAGAGAUUAAUACAAACCCGGGAUUUGUUGAUGAAGAAGGGAGGUUGAACAUCUUUCCUUUCCAUGAUAGUGGUUGCUGCAGCCUCUGUCCGCCAAACAUGUGCAAGGGUCGCAUCAUUGAGAAUCCAAACAUCUUUAUCCAAGGAGGGGAACAGAGAAUUAUCUAUCUUGGUGAUGGUGCUGGCGAUUAUUGCCCGGGCUUGAAGCUUACUCAUGCAGACUAUAUGAUGCCAAGGAAGAAUUUCCCUGUCUGGGAUUUGAUUUGCGGAAAUCCUACGCCUAUCAGGGCAGAUAUUCAUGAAUGGACCAAUGGCGAGGAGUUUGAACGCGUUCUUCUUCGGAUUAUUGACUCAAUUUCCAUGAACGAGUCAGCUCAAUUCUCCACUGAUUCCAAGUUGAUGCCUAUACCAAUUCCUGCCCAUGAAGCCCUGCCUAGACAAUAGUUAGCUUUAGUAACCCAAACUUUGUCAGAUGUGUCGGCCAUAACCUCAUGAGAUUUUUGCAGCAUUAUCUUUUUUAAGGAGGGUGCUGAUUAGCUUGUGAAGCUGCCUCUGAGCAAUAAUUUAUUUGGAUUUCUAUCUAAUAUAUUGGAGAGGAAACCUAAUACAGAAUCUUUCCAUGACUAUAUCUCACAGUUCCAUGCCAA